AUGACGAGUGGAUGCAAAUGCGUAAAGAUAUCUGGUGAUGGGAAAUCGGAAACACUCUUUCCAUCAGGUCUAACGAUUCAGUUGACAUCCAGCUCACCGAUCGGGGCGAGUGCGGAUUGCGACACGAUUAGUUCAGAUGCGAGAAUCCAACCUACGACAGCAGCGACGCCGGAAGCUACGAGAACACCUGCACCAACAACAAAACUAGAGCCUAAAGAUGAUAAUGAUUCGAAGAAAUCGGAAUCACUAGAUGAACAAGGAAAGGGGUCCAGUUCAGAAAAAGAAUCAGCAGAGAAUGCUAACGAGGAAGAAGCUGGUUCGAGCAGUGUUGCUGGAGGUGCAGAACGGUUGAGUGAAAAGGACCAAAAAGAAGCUGGAAAAGAAACAACGGCAGCGAAUUCGGCCAGUUAUAGUGUUCAACUUAUCAGACCUGUCAGAGAGAUUUCCAAAACCGAAGUAUCUGAUGGCGUAACUGUUUAUUACGUAUUGUGUGUUGUACAGCUGUUUGUACAACAAAAUCCGUGCGAGAAGUGCUCUAUUGUUUGA